GGGCGGGGGCGGAGUCGGAGUUCCCGCGCGCGCGAUUCAAACAGCGGCGGCAGGCGUCGGGACGGUUUGCAGCGAUGGAAACCUUCAAGUCUCACAACAACCUGUCCCACGAGGAGAAACCCGGUGAGUCGCGUUCAGACAGGGGGCCAGUUUCCGUCACUAUCCCAGCCUCUCCCUUCAUGCAGAAGCUUGGAUACGGCACUGGGGUCAGCGUCUACUUGAUGAAAAGAUCUCCCAGAGGUUUGUCUCGCUCCCCUUGGGCUGUGAAGAAAAUUAAUUCCAAAUGCAACAGGAGCCAGCAAAGCAUCUAUCAGCAGAGACUGAACGAAGAAGCCAAGAUCUUGAAAAACCUCCAGCACCCGAACAUCGUGGGUUACCGUGCGUUCACUGAGGCCAACGACGGAAGCAUGUGUCUGGCCAUGGAGUACGGAGGAGAAAAAUCUCUCAACGACUUAAUCGAUGAGCGAAGCGCAAAAGGGUUGGGCGCUUUCCCUGCUGCCACGAUUUUCAAAGUCGCCUUGAGCAUGGCGAGGGGGCUGAAGUAUCUUCACAACGAUAAGAAGCUGCUCCACGGAGAUAUCAAGUCUUCAAACGUGGUCAUUAAAGGCGACUUUGAAGCCGUCAAGAUCUGCGAUGUGGGCGUGUCCCUGCCCCUGGAUGAGAACAUGACCGUGAGCGACCCAGAGAUGUACUACAUCGGCACCGAGCCCUGGAAGCCCAAGGAAGCUCUGGAGGAUGACGGCGUGAUCACCGACAAGGCCGACAUCUUCGCUUUCGGGCUGACUCUCUGGGAAAUGAUGACCCUCUCCGUGCCCCACGUCAACCUGGGCGAUGACUCUGAUGACGAAGAUGGGUGUUCUGAUGAAGGGGACAGCUUUGACGAGGAAGCAUAUUAUGCAGCCCUGGGAACCCGCCCUGCCCUCAACAUGGAGGAACUAGAUGCCUCCUACCAGUGCAUGAUCGACCUCUUCUCUGUCUGCACCAGCGAGGAGCCCAAGAAGCGCCCCUCGGCCGCGUGCAUCGUGGAAGCCUUGGAGGCAAUUCUGCCCCAGGAAUAAAAGCCUCGGAGCUCCUCCACUCGCACUGUGGCGCUUUGCUGCCCCUGAGCUCCAUGGCAGGGCUGCAGGAGCUCAGGGACUGAAUUUAGAAGUUACUCCUGCAGCAUCUAUACUUCUAAUAGUAAAAACCAGAGUCUAAACUUAUGAAAAGCACUAAUCCCUAGUUUAAGGAGAUUCCUCUAGAUCCCCUCCUACCUGGAUUUAGAUCCUAAAUAAGCUACAUGGUCUGCACAGUACUUGUGCUUUUAGCUGUCGUGUCACAGCAGCUUUAAAACUCUUCCUUUGAUGUUGGUGUUGGAUUAAAAGUUAUUUUGUUUUCUUAA